AUGGAUUAAAUAUCAUUGUUCGUAUUUCAAUACCUUCUCCCUGCUUUAAUUCAACAAAAAGAUUUAAUGGAUUAAAUUGUUAGAAAAUCUUCUUUCCCUCAAACUUCAAAUAAUAUGCAACCAGUUGAGUUCAAUUUUGCUGGAAUAUCAGAUAAAGAACAAAUCAUUAUGAAUUAAAAAAUUUAUUUUUGGUAUAAACUAUAAAUGCCCAAAUAAUUUAUGUAUAAUCGUAGCAUAAGUAAAUUAAAAAGUGCAGAUGAAGUAAACCUAUUAUUAUCUAUGAAUCUUAAAUAAGACAUGUAAUUAGAUUAGAUAAAUAUCCAUAAAAGAUGUUCAAAUAAACGACAAUAAAUAUCUAAAUAUAAUUAUUACUUAGACGUAAUUAAUAGUUUGGAUUUGCUGAUAAUCAUGAAUUCAAAAUUUUAACUUACUUAAGAGUAAGAUCCUCAAGAGAUUACAAUCUACAUUAUAUUACGAUAAUCAAUUUCAAAUUAUUGUGAUUUAAUGGAUUUUUAGUUUAUUUUACCUUUUCAUUAUGAUAUUUAUGAAAUCUCUCUCAUAGCAGACUUUCGAACUAAAUCGAUGCUUUUGAAUUUACUAACAAUUUUUUAAUUAUUUUACAUUACAAAUUUAAUAUUUGAAAUUAAUAUUAUUAAUUUACUAUUUAUCAAUUGUAUUUAAGAUUUAAAAUAAGACAAAUGCCAUUAAAGCUGUUAAGAAUGUGAUGGCCCCACUAAGUAUCAUUGCUUAACUUGUUCUGAAGAAUAAAAAAGAAUAUAUAUUCCAGAAUUUAAAUAAUGUGCUUGUACAUACGGCACAAUUGAUUAUAAUAAUGAAUGCAUAGAUUAUAUGGAUUAAAAACUAUAGUUAAAUCUUUAGUUUAAUGUCAAAUAAACAAAAAAUUUACAUUGUAAAGUAGGUUAAUUUGAAUUUAACGGAGAUUGUAUGAAAUGGUAAAUAUAUUCUGUAUUAUUGUUUAGCCCUUAAGGAGUCUACAAAGAUUUGUUAAUAUGCGUUGAAUGUUUUUAAAAUGUAGGUAAGUGGAGCCAAGCUCCAAAUUGCAGAGAUAUUUUAGAAUUAACUUAAAUAUAUGGUUAAUAUCAUGUACCUGAGAUCAAUAAUUUUUAUUUUUAUGAUUCUUCUGAUCUAAUCUCUACUUAUAUUCCUUUUUCUGACAGUAUUGGCAUUAGUAUUCAAGAUGAGUUUCAUUUGUAUUAACAUUUUAGAUACAGCUCUUAAAUUUUCCUUUCUUUUUGUAAUCAAAGAGAAUCCAGUAUGUAUGAUUAACAUUUAUGUUAUGAUUGCUAAAUCUAGUAUUGUUUAAGUUGUGGUUUAACAAUAAAUGAUGAUUUGCUUUGUUUAAUAUGUGAUGAUUAAAGUGAACUUGUUAAUGGUAAAUGUAAACGUAGGGAAACUUUUACUUAUGCAUCAUGUUUACCACCAUAUUAUGCAUCAUAUUCUAGAGAGUGUAAGUUAUGCACAUUGGAAAAUUGCCUAUAUUGUUUUGAAUUCAAACGCUAUUAUUCUUAUUUUGACAUUAGUAUUGAACUUGAAGAUUUAACUGAAAAUUACACUGAGACACAGAUUGGUUGUAUGUUGUGUGAAACAGACUAUAACUUUAAUUUCAAACUUGGAAUAUGUUUAAAAAAUGCUUCAUCAAUCGAGAAUUGUGUAAUAUCUGUUACUAAAUUAACAAAUGAGGAAAUAUGUUUAACAUCUUCCUUAGAUAAUUUCCAGGUGUCAAGAGAGAUUAAUAGUUGCAAUUUGUUAAUAACCAAUUGUUAAAUCUGUUUUCUUGAUUACUAUAAGAAGUUAACCUGCAUAACAUGUAAAUCUGGUUAUAUAUUAUUUGGUGGAGUCUGCUAUGAAGGUUAAGAAUAAAGUGCCUCCUAUUAAAUUGAAUUCUGGAGUUUGAAAGUAACAAGUUUUUUAGUGAACAUUUAUUAUAAUUAUAAUUAUUAAGAACCCCAUAAAUUAUAUCCAUGCGGAAGUUUUUGUAAAACUUGCAAGCUCUCAUUGGGAGAGUAUUAUUGUGAAGAAUGCUAUUUAUCAGAAGGAGAGUUAUAGGUAAAUGACAUAAAUUACAUGUGUUAAUAUUGUUCUCCACUUUGUUAAUAUUGCAUACGACGAGAUACUUUAGAAUUAAAAGUAAAUAUGUAUUGAUGAUAAUUAGAAAAUGGCACCAUUUCUUUUACCCAUAUAUUAUUUAUCCAAAUAUACAAAGAGUUGUUUGUUCCCUUUUUAAGAUCCUUUUAUUAAUUACAACCCCUAUUUAAAAACCACCUAAUAUUGUUUCGAAGGUGAUUGCAAUAAUGAACUAACUUAUGAAUUUAUUGAAGACAAUUGUUUUUUUAAUAGAUUUCCACAAAACCUAGAUAACCUCAUAUUUCAAGCAGAAUAUUUGAAUAGUAUUGGAGUUGUUUCUAUGACCAUCAUUAUUAGGAUAAAAAUAGAAGAUGAAUAUUGUAAUCUCAUGCCUUCAAUAAGAAUAAGCGCUUCCUUGAAAUUUGAUGUGUUUACUUUAUAAAUUAUACAUUUUAAACUUCUAGCAACUUAUCCCUUUUACUUACAACUUUAGAAUUCGUUUUACAUCGAAGAUUUCGAUUCCUUUACAAUGAUUGACUAUGGAAUUGUUUUCACUCACUUCAAUAUGUAGGAUCUUAAUAUCAGUAAUAGUUAUAAUUAAGUAAAUUUCACAUUGAUAAACAUUACUAUAAAGGAUAGUAUAAUUGAAAAUUUUCAAUCCUUAUUUAAAACAAAGAACUUUGGUUACGUAGAGUUAUAAAAUAUAACUAUAAUCAAUACUAACUUUAUUAAUUCUUCGCUCUUCAAUUUUAACGCAUUUAACUUAAUUGGGAAUAUUAGAAUCGAUUAAUUACAUUUAUUUAAUUGUAAUUUUACUAACUCAGUAUUGUUUGAAUUUUCUUACAGCCUCUUGUAAUUUAAUGAACUUAAUAAUAAGGAAUAACAAAUUCCAAAAUUCAGAUUUGUUUCGAUUUUUUUCUGAAUUUUAAUCAAGUGAUCUUUUCAUAAGGCUAGACAAUAUACAUAUUGAAUCUAAUGAAGGAUUAAUUACUCUAAAUCAGGUCAGCUAUUUGUUCAAAAUCAAUGGCAAAACUAUUAUUUUGAAAAACUUUUCUAUAUAUUAAACUAAAAAGGUUUACAUUCUCUAUUUCUUUGAAAGCCAGGAUAUAGAACUAGAAAACUUUAUUUUUGAGAAUUCUGAAAUUGAAGAAAAAAUAUCAGUCUCAACAAACUGCUUUUAAAAUUCAAAUUUUAAAAAUCAAAUAAUAUCAAUAAAUGGGUUUAAUAAAGUUUCUAUAUCUGAUUUUAAAAUAAAGCAUAUAUAAAGUAUAGAUGAAUCAUUAAUUAAAAUUAUGUCUAGUAGCUAAUAUUUCUAAGAAUAACAAGGUUAAAUAACAAUAAUAAAUAUUGAGUUUUAUGGAAAUCUCCUACAAUCGCUGAAUUCAAUAAUAUAUUUUUCACUUCUUACAAUAAUUUCUGAUAGAAACCUCGAUAUUCUAAUUAAAAAUGCAAAAUUUUAAAAUAAUAUUAUGCAUGUCUAUAAUGAAAAUUCUUUAAAGGAUUCAGCAGCAUUAUUAUACUUCUCCACUUUAGCAAGUACAAUUCAUAUAGAAAAUUUAGAAUGCAAACAUAAUGCAAUUACAAACUCCUCCAAUUCAUUUAUUCACGUUGAGUCAAAAUCUUUGAAAAUGAUCAAUAUUUAGGUAAAAUAUCAUAAUAUUCUGCCUUUUAAUAUUUGGAAUAAUUAUUAUAAUUUAAUCUAAGUGAGUUAAGAUUAGAUUUAGUCUCUAAUUAUGUAAAUAUUUUAAAUUAAAACUAUUGGAGGUGCAGCAUAUAUUUAAACCUCUAAUUUUAUAUGUAUCAACUCAUCUUUUGAGGAAAUACUGACUGCAAAAAUAUCAGUAUUUGAUAUUGUCUCUUCAAGCGAUGGAAUAAUAAAGAUGUAAAAUCUAUCUGUUUUCUAAAUAAGAAAUACACUUUAGGAAAAAAUUGAAAGUGCAGGAUGCUUAAGUGUUAAUGCGAUAAAUAGUUUAUUAAAUCUUCAAAUUCAGAAUGCUAAAUUUUAGAAUAUUCCUAAUAGGAUGUCGUCUUCCAUAAUAACUAUAAAUCCUUCAUUACUUUAAAAUAAAUUGCUAUUCUAAAAUAUGUCAAUAAUUAAUUGUGUUUCUUUAAUAAAUUAGAUUGUUAAAGUUUAAUUUAUAACCUAAGCCAAUAAAUAAAAUUCAAUAUCUUUUAUGGAUUUAAUGAUUUAUCAAAAUUUAGAAUCUUGGGUAAAUUUAUUUUAGAAUAUUGGAGCUUUGUCUGAAUCUGAAAUUCAAGAAAUAACUCAAAACAAUAACGCAAUGAUAUAUUUGGAGAAUUGCGAUGUUACUAUAGAAAAUCUUUUUGUUGAAGGGAUGCUUUUUUCUAGUGUUAUAAAUUUAAAUAACAUAUUAUCUAAGAAAAUCGGAAUUAUUUUUUGUUAUUUUAAAAUUUAAAAUUAACAAAUUUAAUUUAAAUUUAUUAAUAAAUACUUUGAACUUUUUCAAUGGUUCAUUUAAUAAUAUUUAGAAUAUUUACUCAUAAAAUCUCAUAGUAAUUAAUUAGACAGCAUAAGAAAAGCACUAAAUUUCUUUAAGAUCCUUAACUUUUCAAAGAGGAUCCAUGUAUAUUGCUAAUAAUUUCUCAAAUUAAGAAUACGUAUAUAUAUCAACCAAUUACUUCAUGUCUGGUUGUUCUAUAUCGAAUUUUUCAGUUCCGCAUUUAUAGAGAAAUUACUUUUACAGUAAUAUAAUAUAGCUCUUAUAAUUAAACCAACAACAAAUCUCGAUAUUAUAUGUUAGGAGCUCGUCAAACUUUGAUGUUUUUUUUUUCGAUAGGAUCAAAUUUAUAAAUAAUAAUUAUUCUUCUAUUCAGUAGGGAAUUGUCUAUUUUGAUGAUAUUAAUUUUAAGAAAUUUCUUAUUUUUAGAUUUGAUUGUCAAUAUAAUCUUAUCAAAAAAUAUGGAUGUUUGAAUAUGAUAGGAAAUUAAAAUGCUUCAAAUUUAGUUGAAAUCAAACAUUCAAAUUUUAUUUAAAAUCUUGGAACUUAAGGAGUUGCAAUAAAAAGUAGUAAUAUUCUAUUAAAGUUAAUCCAUUGUAAUAUUAUUUCUAACAUUGCCCUUACUUAAGGUGGAGGUUUAUACAUCCAACUCAAAUCUAAAAAAAUUAUAAUCUCCAAAACUGUUAUAAUUUAUAAUAAAGCUCAAGAAGGAGGAGGAGGAAUUUAUUAUGAUUAGGAUAAUAAUCUCUCAACCAAAACCUCAGUUUAGACUUUCAUAUUUUUCAAUCAGGCUGAAGUAUAUGGAAAUAAUCUAGUUGAAAACCCGAGUUAUUUGUCAUUAUACAUUAAUUAAAAAGCAAUGUCUGCAGUAGAAUCAACGAUGAAUAAUAUAUCAACUAGCAUUCUUAAAAUUAGCCCAUACUUGGUAAUGGAACAAGGGAUUAAAAAGUAAACUGAAAUACUAAUGAUACCCAGUACUUAAGUAAUCGACACGUAUUAAAUAUUUUUUGUCAAUAAGGCUAUAUACUUAACAUACAUAAAAAGUUUGAAUAUUUAUUUCAAAAAUAGCAAGGGAGAAAUACUCCAAAACAUGUACAAUUCAACCUGUGAAGUUGCAGAUUUUAUUGUAACAAAGGGGAAGGAAGAAAAAUAGUAAUCUACUUCAAUUCAGCACUUGCAGUAUAAUAUAGAGAAUAAUAACUUUGAACUAAAUACUUUAUCUUUUCGACUUGAUCCAUAUUAAAAAGAGACUCGUUCCUUAGAAAUUUAAAUUUUUUGCAAGGCUCAAUAAUCACAGAAUGGUCUUAAUUAUAUCAUUAAGGCAACAAGUUUUAAAUGUUAGUUAGGAGAAUUUUAUAUCGAAGAAGGUUGUUAGACAUGCAAAUCUAACCAAGGAUUUUAUAGCGUAACUUAUGAUGCAAUUAAAUGUUCAAUUUUUGAUAAAACUAAAUUUUAAAACGUAACUUCCAAUAUGAUAAAUUUGCAAAAGGGGUAUUGGAGACCUAAUUACCUAUCCGAUGCCACAGAGGAAUGCUACAAAAAUACAGAAUUUUGUUUAGGAGGAUGGUAAGUUGGAGAUAGCACUUGUAGUUAAGGACACAUUGGUGCACUAUGCGAAAUGUGUGAUUUAUAUAAUAUAAAAGGAGAAGGGUAGUUUUUUAGAAAUUAAUAAAAUUAAAAUUGUGUUUCAUGCUUAAAUGAGGAGAGCAGCAUCCUUCCUUUUUUAUUUGCUUUAUUUUAGUAGAAAAUUUUAUUAUCUUUAGAGCUUUAUUAUCAAUUUCCUUAUCACUGAAAAGUAUCAACAAAUCAAAUGCUUUAUUCAACUAAAUUACAGUUUUUUAAAAAAGGUUCAGCAAAAUACUAUUUAAAUUAAUUUAAGGUAAUUUAAAUUUAUAAUUAGAUCACGAAGGUAUUUUAAUUAAGAUUUUAUUAAAUUACUUAUGGAUAUUUUCUUCUAUAUUUACUUUUAGCAUAAAGUUUUCAUUUUCUAUCUUCUUUAUUGAAUAAUCAAGUAAUAGCUUUUAUUUUAUGGUAAAUAAUUUAGAUUGUUAUUUAUCAAAUUUAUAAAUACAUUUAAUUUAUGCUUAAAUUAUUUUUAUACUAUUAUUAAUGCUGCUACAAUUCUAUUUUAUACUUAUCAUUUCGUUUAUUUAUUUUCAAUUAUCAUCAAAAUAAAUGGAUAGGAGUAUCAUUUCGAAUACCCUACUUUGCUUAUAUGUUUUUAAUUAUGGGGGAUUAAUCAAAUUGUAAGAAAGAUUUAAUAAAUUAGGUUAUGUUCUAAAUUGUCUGUUAGAUAAAUAUCAAAUAUUGAUUACAUUUAAGGGGAUGUUUCAUUAUUAUUUGAUAGCUAGGAACACUACUUGUGGGUUUAAUUUCUUAUCAUACCACUAUUACUAAUUUUUGGCUGCAUUAUUCCAUUUUCAUUAUUUUUAUUGAUGUUUCGAAAUAGAUCUAACCUAGAUAAGAUAAAAUUUAGAAAACAUAUCUGCUAUUUAUUUAAUGAAUACAGUGAAAAGACAUAUUUUUGGGAAUAGAUUAAGUUGAUAUAGAAGACUUGUAUUAUACUAGUAAUAACUAAUUUUGAAAAUAAUGUGUUAUUAAAGACAACUUUAUUAGGCAUUUGUGUAGAAGCAUACUAAGUCUUAGCUAUCAAUAAUAAACCUUAUAUUAUUUCGAAAUUUAAUAACUUAGAUUUAUAAUCAGGGUAAAUUUGUUUAAUAGCCAUUUUUCUUGCAGCAACCAAAUAUGAAAGUUAGGUUUUGCAAAAUGAUUUUUUUUCAAUGUUCCUUUAAAUCAUUUUGAUUUUAUUAUUAAUUCGACUAAGUUUUCCUUUUAUUAAAGACAUUUUAAUUCUUUAUUCAAAAAAAUAUUAAUUACCAGUUUUGACGAAACUCCAUUCAGUGCUGAAAUAAUCAAAUAUAAAUUUGUUUAAAAACAUUGGAAUUUAUGUGGAUUAAGAAUUUGAAAAAAGAAAAAAAUUAUAAAUGAAUAUUCAAAAAAUGAAAUUGAUUUUAUAAAGUAAGUAUGGAAAUGGAAAAGAAAUGUAAUAUUCUUAUUUAUUAUAAGAUCUUUUACCAAAAGACCUAUUCUUAAAUCAAAUACAUAUAGCAAGACAUCUUUUAUUGAGAUUAACAAUCAAUAAUAAUUUUGA